AUGCCUGAUUUACCACAAGUCAUAAAAUAUAAUGAUCAACAGUAUAAUAUGAGAAAGAUUAAAAAAGCCAAGUCUUGUAUUUUUUGUAGACGUUCCCAUGUGGUUUGUGAUGAGCAAAGACCUUGCUCACGUUGUAUAAAAAGAGAGAUUGCACAUCUAUGUUCCUCAAAAGAAUUACCACUUGACAAUUCCUCUCCACAUCUAGAGACUCCUAUCUUAAUUCCAUCACCACAGAAUCAAACUCAAAUUAACCAACUAGAACAUCCAGGCAAUAAUGUUAGUAAGAGUCUUCUUUUCCCUCCACAGUCGUUUGUAUCACAAAAUAUGGGAUCUGAAUUCAGCUCUAUUAAUGAAUUCCUAUCCAUCUUAGAAGAUCCAUUGGUCAUCGUACCAGAUUCUAACCUGCAGGAAUCUUUUCAAUCAAAUUUAACUCUUUCAGAUACAAGCUCUCCUAAUAUACAUAAUGGUUCUAUAGACACAAACACAAAUAUUUCUAACAUGACGACAACGACAACACAAUCAUUAUUACCACAGAAAAUACCGUUAUCAACACCUCAGGCAUCCACAACACACACUGUUGCAAAUAGCAAUGACAAUGCAACUACAGCCAAGGAACAAUUUUUCAUUACUGCUGCUGAUCCAGCUAUUGAGAUCACACCGAAAGAAAAGUUAAAGCUGGUAAUUAAUGCCAAAGUUGAAGCGGGUUUGUUGAAACCAUACAAUUACGGUAAGGGUUACACAAGAUUGCAAGAAUAUAUGGACCGCACAAUGUCUCCUGAAUCACAUAAACGUAUCUUACAGCCAUUAAGCUCAAUUAGACCUGCAUUUAGAUCAAUUGCAAGAUCAUUAAAAGAUGUGGAUCUAGUAUUGGUUGAAGAGGCAUUUGAAAGAAUGUUGUUGAGUUAUGAUCGGGUAUUCACUUCCAUGAGUAUGCCUGCUUGCCUUUGGAGACGAACAGGUGAGAUAUACAGAGCUAAUAAGGAGUUUGCAUCCAUUGUAGGAUACACAGUAGAUGAUUUACGUGACGGAAAAUUAGCAAUAUAUGAAUUAAUGAAUGAGGACAGUACAGUAAAUUAUUGGGAGAAAUAUGGGUCAAUUGCAUUUGAUAAAGGUCAAAAGACUGUAUUAACUACAUGUACGUUAAAGGAUAAGAACUGCAGCGAUGUUGAGUGUUGUUUUAGUUUCACUAUAAGACGGGAUAGAUAUAAUAUGCCAGUAUGUAUUAUUGGCAACUUUAUUCCAAUUACAUAG